GGUGCCGCUACGUCAUCCGCAGGCACGCGCAGGAAACAUGGCGGCCGCGGCGGCAGCGGGCGCUGUGAGCGGGAAGAUUAUAUAUGAACAGGAAGGAGUAUAUAUUCAUUCUUCUUGUGGAAAGACCAAUGACCAAGAUAGCUUAAUUUCUGGAAUAUUGAGAGUUUUAGAAAAGGAUGCUGAAGUGAUAGUGGACUGGAGACCAUUAGAUGAUGCAUUGGAUUCUUCAAGUAUUCUCUAUGCUGGAAAGGAUUCCAGUUCAGUUGUAGAAUGGACCCACACCCCAAAAGAAAGAGUUCAUCGAGGAUCGGAACAUCUGAACAGUUAUGAAGCAGAGUGGGACAUGGUUAAUACAGUGUCAUUUAAAAAAAAACCACACACCAAUGGAGAUGCUCCAAGUCAUAGAAAUGGGAAAAGCAAAUGGUCAUUCCUCUUCAGUUUGACAGACCUGAAAUCAAUCAAGCAAAACAAAGAGGGUAUGGGCUGGUCAUACUUGGUAUUCUGUCUAAAGGAUGACGUCGUUCUCCCUGCUCUGCACUUUCAUCAUGGAGAUAGCAAACUACUGAUAGAAUCUCUUGAAAAAUAUGUGGUAUUGUGCGAAUCACCACAAGAUAAAAGAACACUUCUUGUCAAUUUUCAGAAUAAGAGCCUUUCACAGUCUUUUGAAAAUCUUCUUGAUGAACCAGCAUAUGGCUUAAUACAAGCAGGACUGCUAGACAGAAGAAAGCUGUUGUGGGCCAUUCACCACUGGAAAAAAAUUAAAAAGGACCCUUAUACAGCAACUAUGGUAGGAUUUUCCAAAGUUACAAACUACAUUUUUGAUAGUUUGCGAGGCAGUGAUCCCUCUACGCAUCAACGACCGCCUUCUGAAAUGGCCGAUUUUCUUAGUGAUGCUAUCCCAGGCCUAAAGAUAAAUCAGCAGGAAGAACCUGGAUUUGAAGUCAUCACACGAAUUGAUUUGGGAGAACGACCUGUUGUGCAAAGGAAAGAGCCUGUGUCACUGGAAGAAUGGACUAAGAACAUUGAUUCUGAAGGAAGAAUUUUAAACGUCGAUAAUAUGAAGCAGAUGAUAUUUAGAGGGGGUCUUAGCCAUUCAUUAAGAAAGCAAGCAUGGAAAUUUCUUCUGGGCUAUUUUCCUUGGGAUAGUACUAAAGAAGAAAGAACUCAGUUACAAAAACAAAAAACUGAUGAAUACUUCAGGAUGAAACUACAGUGGAAAUCUGUGAGCGAGGAGCAAGAGAAGAGAAAUUCAAGGUUAAGAGACUAUAGGAGUCUUAUCGAAAAAGAUGUUAACAGAACAGAUCGAACAAACAAAUUUUAUGAAGGCCAAGAUAACCCAGGACUGAUUUUGCUUCAUGAUAUUUUGAUGACCUAUUGUAUGUAUGAUUUUGAUUUAGGUUAUGUGCAAGGAAUGAGUGACUUACUUUCUCCUCUUUUAUAUGUUAUGGAAAAUGAAGUGGAUGCCUUUUGGUGCUUUGCCUCUUACAUGGACCAAAUGCAUCAGAAUUUUGAAGAACAAAUGCAAGGCAUGAAGACCCAACUAAUUCAGCUGAGCACUUUGCUCCGAUUGUUGGACAGUGGAUUUUGUAGUUACUUAGAAUCUCAGGACUCUGGAUAUCUGUAUUUUUGCUUCAGAUGGCUUUUAAUCAGAUUUAAAAGGGAGUUUAGUUUUCUUGAUAUUCUUCGAUUAUGGGAGGUAAUGUGGACUGACCUGCCAUGCAAAAAUUUCCAUCUACUUCUCUGUUGUGCUAUCCUGGAGUCAGAAAAGCAGCAAAUAAUGGAAAAACAUUAUGGCUUUAAUGAAAUACUUAAGCAUAUCAAUGAACUGUCCAUGAAAAUUGAUGUUGAAGAUAUACUAUGCAAGGCAGAAGCAAUUUCUCUACAGAUGGUACAAUGCAAGGAAUUGCCACAAGCAGUUUGUGAGAUCCUGGGACUUCAGGGCAGUGAUGUCACAACACCAGAUUCAGACACUGGUGACGAUGAAAAUGUUGGCACAACUUGUCACCCAUCUACAUUUCACAGCAACACCUCGCCUGCUCCUGCUGCCAGUGAAGCCAAAGAUGACCGCCCAGCACAGAUGUUAGUGUCCCAGAAUGCCAGCAGAUUAACGCCUGCAUGAUCAUUUGUCUUACAUCUUUUUAAGAGAUACUUUUGCAAUGCCUUUAAGUACACAAAAGGUGGACAUUUAAAAUCUUGGCGUUGGUCAUGCUUUAAGAUUUAUGAAAGGACAGUGUAUUGAUGUUCUUGCAUUAAAGCUUUACAAAGUUUUAAACUAAUUAUUUUUGUAGUUACUUCUACCAAAUAGCCUUUCCUUUUCAAUAACAUUCCUUAGUAUUUUUAUAGCCAAGUUCAUUUUAUUUUGUGCUAAUGAACUGGAAUUGUAUAAAUAUUACAAAUGGAUGCAUUGGAAAUUAUGCACUUUGAAAAACACUGUUUACUCUUUAGUGAGCUUUGGGUUCGAUUAAAUGUUGAGCCUUUAUAUAGCAUUCUGCACAAAGAAGUAGAUUGUUAUCCAGUGAUAAAAUUUAAAAACAAUAAAUUUUUUUCUAUUGUUUACAACAGUUCUCAGCUUAAAUAUUUAUGCUAAUUGAAUGUGAUUUAAAUUGGGACAUUUUCAUAGAUAUAAUUAAUGUGUAGAUGAACAGUUUCGGACAUAGUAAGUGGAUUGGCAGUAUAUUUUUUACAUUGAAUUUUUCUUCACUUGUAUAUAAAGACUACCUGUAAGUACUAUUUAUGAGUAUAAGAAAAGAUUGGCAUAUUUUCUUUAACUGAAUAAACUUGACUGUUGAUUUAUAUAACCUGAUUCAACCAAGUUAAUACAUGGCUUCAGUAUGAGAACUUUUCAAAACUAUUUUCUUAACUGAACAUUUGUUUCAUGAGACUACAUUCAACCCUGUCUAUACCUGGCAUAAUUUUAAAAUUAAUUGCUUGCAACCUCACUUUACUAAUAAUGUUUAUUAUGUUUCCUAAUAAUGCAUUGACUAAUCAGGUCUUUAAUUUUUUAUAAAAUCCUCUUUGCAGAAAGUUUAUGUCAAAAAACUGAAGAUACUGUCAUAAGUCUCAAAGUAAUACUUUUUUUGUAUAUGAACCAAGCUGUUGUUUUUACCAUGCAGUAUUGCAUGAUUUCAAGUUAUGUGGAAUUAACCUGAUUCCAGUUUAAUUGUAAUUUGUAACUCCUGUACAUAUCAUUAAAAUAAAUCAAAGCUGAAA